AUAUCUAAAUCAUUUAUCGUCUUCUUCACUUAUCUGCCAACCACCAUAACCCAAACGUCUCUCUCUCUAUUCCUCAGCCUCAUCCUGCUCCUCGAUUCUACUUCACUGGCCAAGCAAAUCGUGAAAUUGGAGAGGAAAAUGGGUGAUAAAAAGAGAUGAAAGAAGAAAGAAGAAAGAAGAAAGAAGAAAGAAGAAAGAAGAGAGACAAUGUUGAAGUCAAAUGCUGUAGCGAAUGGAUUAGCGGGAGCAGGUGGUGGUAUUAUUGCUCAAAUCAUCACUUAUCCCUUACAGACGGUGAAUACGCGGCAACAAACAGAAAGAAUUGCAAAAAAGAAAAAUUCUAAAACUGCUGAUUCUACUUCUAUUUCCAAGCCAAUUUCUGGACGUAGCACCCUUUUUCAGAUACUCCAUGUGAUUCAAAGUGAAGGUUGGGGAGGACUUUACAGCGGGCUUAAGCCUUCUCUGCUGGGAACUGCUGCUUCCAUGGGCAUUUACUACUAUUUUUAUCAAGUAUUCAAGAAUGAGGCAGAGAGAAUUGCAGCUGCUCGUAAGCUAAAGGGGCGUGGAGAUGGCUCUGUUGGCAUGUUCUCCUGGCUUCUUGUUGCUGCUCUUGCCGGGUCGUUGAAUGUAUUGCUCACAAAUCCGAUAUGGGUUCUUGUCACUCGUAUGCAGACCCACACACAAGCAGAAAGAAAAAUGGCAGAGGAAAAGAGGGAAGCCUUAUUGAGGGAAGCUUCUCAAGGCGAACUCGAUGCUUCUGUUUUAGAGCACAAACUGGCUCAUCUUGAUUCGACUAAACCCUGUCCUUAUGGAACCAUGCAAGCUGCAUUCGAGGUUUAUAACGAGGCAGGAAUUGCUGGAUUUUGGAAAGGCAUCAUCCCUACACUUAUUAUGGUUUGCAAUCCUUCUAUUCAGUUCAUGAUUUAUGAAACCUCAUUAAAGCAUCUCAGGGCAAAGCGUGCAGCUUACAAAGAUAGAAUAUCAGCUCUGGAGGUGUUCUUACUAGGAGCCACAGCUAAAUUAGGUGCAACAGUCACCACAUAUCCCUUGUUGGUUGUCAAGUCUAGGCUUCAAGCAAAGCAAGAGAUAGGAGGGAGUAAUUCAUUAAGAUAUACAGGUACAGUAGAUGCAAUUAUAAAAAUGUUAAGGUAUGAAGGGAUAAGCGGGUUUUACAAAGGAAUGAGCACAAAGAUAGUCCAAAGUGUUUUUGCAGCUUCUGUACUUUUCAUGGUGAAGGAGGAGCUUGUCAAAGCCUACAUAGCCUUGGCUGAUAAGAUUCUCAAACUUGUACCAAGGUUGAUGCAUUUAUCAUUUCAUUCAUAAUGGAGUUUCCUGUCUUAGAAUUGUAUAGGUCAAGACUUAUUCAUUGAAGAUUUCUCACCCCAUAUAUA